UGUGAGAUAUCUGACUGACCUGCUUCUAUAGCGUGUUUUUUUUUUUUUUUUAAGUUGACUGACGUAAAGUUGAUUUGAACUAGAUUAAACAAAAAUGGCGCUUAGAGAAGCCGGCGUUUUAGGCGCUCUUUUUCUUAUAUGUGUUUUAUUUCCAGUCAAAGCCAGCCUUACCAAAGAGGCUCCACCUUCGAUGCAGACGCCACCCUUGUUUAACUUCGGAAGAGACCAUGGUGACAUUCAGUUCACGGAUUCAAGCGACCAUAAAAUCGAUCUUCCCUUCAAUAUCUCUUACUUCGGAACCAGUUACAAAACUUUGCAUAUCUCGGCUGAUGGAGUGCUCUCUUUUGAAAGACAGAUCAAUUACAUGGAAAAUGUCAAAUGGUGGGAAGGGGUGAGGAAAUCCAACAUUGACCUGCCAUUUAUUGCGCCCUAUUAUCACAGUGGAUUUCCUAUGCACGCGCUGGAGUCCACUGAGUACCAAGGAGAAAUAUUCUACAAAAUCUUUACACCAUCUAACCUUAGCAUCAAUGACCAUUACUAUUCAGAGAAAAAAUCUCUAGCGAACUAUCUGUCUAGCUAUCUCCCUGAUAGAGUGGUCAACCCUCCUUAUCAUUUUGAGGCCUCUCUUAUAAUCAUUGUGACGUGGCAUAACGUUGCGGCCAAACAAUUGGACAGUGACAAAGAGUGUACAAAAAAUCAACCGUGUCCGGGAGCAACAUUCCAGGCGGUUAUUGCGGCCGAUAGAGAGAGUACUUUUGUCAUCUUUAACUAUAAAGAGAUGAACAUAACUUUCCAUGAAACAUUUGUGGCGGGGUUUAAUGGAGGUGAAGGACGGGGCUGGUACGAUGUCAUUCCAUGUCAUGGUAAAUGCGGUCACUCGAUGAACUUGUCCAGGACCAAUGAGUUACCCAAUUUUAAAGGGAGUGACUACAAGGGAAGAUUCAUUCUGAACGUGGGCAAUGACCUCAUAGUUCGAGGUGGAUGUCUGCCAGAUGAAAUCAAAGCAGGUAUGCUGGAAGUGUAUCCCCUAGAAGUUGGUAUGUUUGGAGGGGAAAUGCUACAGGUUUCGGGUCGAUGCCGGCCUUCAAGCUCCAAGUUCUACUGCAAAUUCGGAGAUGACCAGCUCAUCACUGAAGGAAUCAUGGUGAACGUAGUCAAAGGUAACUGCCCAGUUCCAAUGAUGACCAAGAUAGGACCUGUGCAUGUAUCAUGGUCUUUCGACAGAAACAACUGGAGCUCUGAUAACAUAAUCACUGUUGUUUUACCAGAGAAAGUUGAUCUAAGUACAAACAUACAUAAGGACAUAAAGGAACAAUGGUACAGCCGAGAUGCAAAACAUAUUACCAUUCCCUGGGAUAGAACGAAAUUUAGUAGCUCUUCAGAAACUAAAGUUCACGUCAAGCUAUUGGGUUACAGAGAAACGGAUAGCACGGUGGAAUACAAAGAACUACAACAUUUUGGUGAAGUGCACAAUAGUGAUGGGAGAUAUGAACUCACAGUUGCAGAUCACCAAUGUAAAUCUAAUUGCAGGGAUUUUGAAAUAGGCCUUUUUGAAAUAUCUUUGCCAGUUGAACUGCAUGUGGAUGCUGUGGAAAGAGUUGCUAUCAGAUAUGGUCCAUUCCCAUUGGGCUGGUAUGUUAACUAUCAACUGGAAGAAGAACUUGGCUCAGAUUGGUCAGACACAUUAUGUCUAGAGUGGCGAGAUAGAGACUCAAAUCAUAAAGAGUGGUUAGAGGAUUUACUUCCAUGUCCAUGUAAUCUUGAUCAAGCACUGGCAGAUUUUGGACGUUUUCAACCAGAUCCUGGAUGCAAUCUGUACACUGGGAGCAAAUGUUAUUACCAUACAGAGGCUAAACAUUGUGUAAGAUCCAUUGUAACCACGAAAGAUGGAGCAGGAAACCAGUGUUGCUAUGGGAAUGACGGUAACUUGAUCUACUCUCAGCUGUCCUAUCAAGGAAGUACUCCUGACCGUAGUCAUGUCUGGGGUGCUGUGCCUUAUGGAAAGCCCAAUCUAGUUCCUUCACUCUCCCACUGGAAGCAUGAUGUGGUGAGCUAUUACUACUGCUGUCUUUGGAAUGCUAACCAACUAUGCUAUGAAUAUAUGGAGCUCAGGCCCACUACAGAUUGCAAAAAGUAUGAACCACCAGGCAUUGCUUUUCUGAGAGGUGACCCACAUAUUACUACAUUUGAUGGCCAGACCUACACAUUUAUAGGGAGCGGUGACUAUAAGAUGGUUGAAUUAGAGAAAGUUGUCACCAUUCUUGGAAGAUUUUCUUCUAGACCAAACGCCAAAGAAAUUGGUAUACAUUCUUGGAAGCCCAAGGUCCUUACAUCCAUAUAUAUACAAAAUGAAAAUGAGAAAGGAGGGGGAGAACGUAUUGAAAUUCAUCCAGCACCAGAACGAACUAAUAGACCCCACGGACUUGAUAUCAGAGUUGGAAACACCCGCAAAUUUUUCUUUAAUGAGUCCACCUUAUGGCAAGAUUUUGAAGGAUAUUCAAUUGUGAACAAUGCACUUCCUGGUCACACCAACAGGCAUGAUAACUUCACUGUAUUACUGAACAAUAAUAUUGGAGUGAAUGUGCUGGGUGUCAAUGGACUGCUUCAUCUCAUGGUGGCUCUUCCUUCGCAGUUGAAGAGUCCUAAAGGUUUAGGAUUGCUCGGCAACUUUGAUGACCAUACUGGUAAUGAUUAUAUAUCAUAUCAAGGUGGAGCUAUAUCUCCUAAUGCAGACAAAGCUAAGCUCCAUGAAGAAUUUGCAAAGUCUUGGGCAGUGCAAAAAGAGCACUCUCUUUUUCCUUUUCCCAAAGAUCCUGAAGUAUUUGAAGAGGGCAGUCGCUACUUUGAAUUUAAAGAUCUUCCAGAUAGUCCGGAUGGGCUUUCAAAUAGUGCACUGAGUGGAGUUUGUGGAAAUAAUGAACACUGCAUGUAUGAUUAUAAAAUCAGUGGAAGCCGAGAGAUUGCUAUGUCAACUUUGGCGGCUAAUACCUUAUUCAGUUAUGUGAAAUCUUCUAUAUUUAAAGUUGAGAAUUGUGGACUCCCAGAAGUUGGGAAACUGGCAGAAUUAAAUCAUUACAAUUUCUCUGUUGGGCAUGAGAUCAAAAUAACAGGAUGUAAAGAAAAUAGAAAUUUUAUUGGUGGUGAAACAAUGCUGAAGUGUGUACGAGAAAGACUGGAUGAAGCUGAGAAAGAAGACAGAAAUGAUUAUGGAGACAUCAAGCAAGAUCUUAAAGACAAUGUAAAGUACAUUACUCACUGGGUGCCUAGACCAUCAGAAGUGUGUUCAGCUGAAGAAUCCUCUGAUGCUAGUUUAGGCCUGUACAUUGGAAUAGCUGUUGGUGCAGCUGUCCUUCUUAUCAUCAUCAUCAUUAUCGUAGUCAUUGUUGUCAAGAAAAGGAAGACUGGAAAAGCUAGAACUGGCAAAGAAAAACCAACACCAGCCUCCCGGGUGAAGAGGGAAGAGGUGAAAGACCCAGAAGCUGCUGAAGCUAUGUUGGGAGAAGUGAAUCAGAGAAGUCCAGUGUACAAGCCCAGUAAAGACGCUGUGAGAAUGUCUGAAGUUCAAGGUCAGGCAGUGUAACUACAGAGUUCACACUACAGUCUGUCCAAAGUGUUGACUGAUGAUCUAGUGGAAAAUGAAUUUUUUGUUUUUUGUCAAGAUGGACAGCUUUUUAUAGUUUUAAAAAAUAUUAUCCAGUUGGAAAUAUUUGUGUGUGUGUGAAAUGUUUUGUUGUUAGCUUGUGUUUUAUUAAAACGCAGGAAAAAAAUGUUAUUCAAACAAAAUGUUUACCUCUACUUGUAUCUUGGCAAGAGCUAGGACUUUGGAAUGAAUGAAAUAAAAAGUAGCAGGAUGAAUUAUACACUUAUAGGUGCAUUUGUUUUGACAUUCAAAUCUGAAUAGUUUCAUUUGUUUUUGGUCUAUCAUCAAAUAAAAAUUUUUGAUACUUAAGCUCUUCAUCAGUCAUCAUCAAACUCCGAGUGAAGGCUUGAGAGGCUCAAAUCCUCUCUUGCAAAAGCCCUGGACAGAAACCCUGCUGUUAUUUGUAGUCCAUGUCUGUAACCAAAAAGCUCCUAAAGACAUUCAUGAAAAACAGCUGACACUUAACUCUUUGACUCUGGAAUAGCAUUUCACAUGUGAAAUAAUGCUUCCUUGCCAGCUUUGAUGACAUACACUAUGGCCGGUCAAAUCAGUGAGGGUCAUUACAGAGUCAAAGAGUUUGAACUCACAAAACAAAAUGAUCCUUUUGGUUCAUUUAAUACAAUAACUAUUAAUGACUGCUUGGUCAUGUGGUAUUUGCUUUGGACCGUUGUCAUGAUGUCCAGGGUUUGAACUCUGUCUUUCUGCAGCAGGUUUGGGCUAGGGUAUAAUAAUCUCCCUUUCUUAAAGAACUGAAACUGUCAAGUCAAUCCACAAAAACAAAUGACAACACAUUCAUAGAAAAAUAUCAUUUACACUGUAGUAUUUCUAGAUCAAUGUUCUUUAACUUUCUCACGACUGCCAUUUUUGCCAUAUAGAAAUGUUUUAAGUACAUAUAUGUUGGAAUAUUAUGUGUCUGGCAGCACUUAUUGCCAAACAUAUCUAUAGUUUGUCUUGUUUUUAGUGUCAAUUUGCUUUGUAAAUAUAUCACUGAGUUUUGUGUUGUUUUUUUUUUUGUUUCAAAGUCCAUGCUUUUACAUUAAAAUAUUUUAUAGAA